AUGUGCAAAGUGAGAAGUGAUGACAUUCAGCAGUCUGCAUCAGCAGCACCAACUAUUCCCUCUGAUGGUAAUUGUGGUGGCAGUUGCAAUAUCUUCCUCAGUCCAUCCUUCACCGAACCAAACUCUGUAGAUGAAUCUGUUUCUGUUAAAAGUGAAAGCCCACAAAUAACUUUAUCAUCAACAACUGCUGCCCCUUGCAGCCCAUUUCUUCAGACAGUUUCCGUCAUCUCUACUUUUGUUAUUACUCGAAAGGAAGAUACUGCUCCAGCUCAAGUUAUUUCCCCGAUGAUUGUAUCAGAGGAAAUGUUGGAUACUAACAUGUUAAGCAACACUCCUGUCUAUGAUAUUGGGCAAUUCCAACAUUCAGAUAGCUCAGAUCCAGUUUUUCACAUAUCUGUUCUGGAACAGGUUGGCAUCGGAGUUGGUGUGUGUUUUGCAAUGUGUCUCAUAGUGUUGUGUAUUAUGACAUGUCGUAGACGAAGUGGUGCUGCUGUGCUGACACAACCUGUAAGUGAUGUAUUGACAAAGCCUCGUUGCCCAGCUGUGCUGCAAGAAGAAUGUCCUCCUAUAAGUUGGAAGGAAGAACCCUUUAAGCGUAGAGGUCCUGUUGUAUUGGCAGCGGACAUGCUACAUUGGGAACAUGAGCAAGUGAAUUCAGUUUUCCCUGACCCCCAUUUCAGAGUUGAUGAACAAGUUGAUACUGAAUCCACAGCCACAGAGGAAAUGACAACCUCACUGAGGGCAUUGGAGUUUGUUUGCGAAGAUGAAGAAGCUGAAUGGCAGAAGCAGCUGUCUCAGGAUGUGAUUUGUCGCUCUGAACCAAUUGAGAGAUUGAUUGAGCUUCUGGGCAGGCCCAAGAAUGUUGUUCCUGAAAGUAUUUUUUUAUAUGGUCUUCAUGCAAGUGGAAAAACGUACGUGACUUCACGUUUACUAAAUGUUCUUGGCUAUCGUCAUGUCUUUGUUGACUGUGUGAAAUGUUACCUUCCUAAGAUUUUUUAUGGAUCAAUCCUUAAAGGAUUGACAGAUCAAGACAAAGAGCCACAAAAAAUAUGUGACUCCAUGUAUGAGUUUAUAAACCAGUUUACUGCAGCACUAUCUACCAGUUACUUUGAAAAAAAUGCUUUUAUUGUGGUACUUGAUAACUGUGAGAAAUUGCGUAGUAUGGAAUCUCACCUGCUACCUGCUUUCUUGCGGCUUCAGGAGCUUACAGGAAAGAAUGUGUGCUGUGUGUUGAUCAGUACAUUGCCAUGGGAGAAGUUUUUAUCACCAUCUGGAUUAGUAGACCCUUUUGAAGUAUUUUUUCCUCAGUAUACCAAAGAUGAAAUCCUGAAGAUAGUGUGUCACAAUUGUGUUUGGGGAGGAGACCUAGAUGCCAUUUUUGUGCAGUACGUACGCCUCUUCUUAGGAGUCUUUUACAUUUGUUGUCGAGAUGUUUUAGAAGUGCAACAUAUGGUAAGAUCUCACUUUCUGGAGCAUUGUGAACCAAUAAUAAGUGGUCGUGUAGAACCAUCUCGGCUUUGGUCUAUAUUAUUGCCACAUUUCCGCACACUGGGCAGCCAACUCUAUCUCCGUAUGAUACCAAAUGCUGCAGCAGACGGGACUGUUGUCCAAAAGAAUUCAACCUGUCCAUCUCGCUGGGCUUUGAGCUUUGAACUGCCAUACUACAGCAAAUUUUUCCUUAUGGCUGCUUUCCUUGCUUCAUAUAGCCCUCAAAAGUUAGAUAAGGCUCUGUUUGUGAAAAAAAAUGAGAAAAGAGGACGCAGGGGGAAGAAGAAAACACGGAGCCAUGAUGAUGUGGUGGCUGAUAUGUUAUUGGGGCCCAAAGCAUUUACAGUUGGUCGUUUGCUUGCCAUCUUCUAUUCUAUUGUUGACUCGGAGGUCAAUUUUACAGCCAGUGUCUCUGCACAGAUAUCAUCCCUUGUGAAGCUUCAACUUUUAAGUGUGAAUGAUUCAUCUCUGGAUGCUCAAAUGUUGAAAUGUUGUGUGGGAUUGGACUUCAUUACAACAAUUGCCAAGACUGUUGACUUCGAUAUUAUCAAGUACUUAUUCCCUCCUAAGUAAUACUCUAGGAACAAUAGUUUGCCAGUGCCUUCAUUGUCCAUAAAUCAUAGCCAUUAGGAAUGUACAUAUCAAGCAUUGAGUUGCAAUUCGAGAUUGGUAAAAUGAACAUUUGAAUUUUUAUUAUUGCAAUUAAAAACUUUUGUACAAAUAUAUUUGUUUACAAAACAAA